CAAUUUCUCUGUUUGCGGCAGUCACAUUGUACUUGCACUUGUAUUUGCGACCACACCGACAUUGUUACCAACAGUUAAAAACUAUAGCGAUCGUCGUUAGUCAUGCUCAGAUAAGAUUUCGAAUAUAAAAGUUACCUACUUUUGAUUAAAUUGAAUGUUAAAAUGACGAGCGAUAAAGAAAAACAAUAUAAAGAACACGAGGUGGUCGAUAUCAAAGAGGUCGACCCCGUUCAACAUGCUGUAGGCGAUUUUGGUUGGUGGCAAUUUUGGAUCGCAUUCUCCUUGUCCUUGUUGAAGUUUCCUAUUGCUUGGCAUCAAUUGGCAAUUAUAUUUUUGGCGGCCAAAACUCCAUUCAAAUGUGAUGACAAUGUUAUCCACACGAACCUCACCAUUGAUGAUAGGUGUAGCACCCGCGACCUUAUCACUGGUGACAUCGUUGCAUGUAAUCGAUUUAUCUAUGACAGGUCCGUCUUUCAGGAGACCAUAAAUACUGAGUGGAACUUAGUAUGCGGCAGAUAUCAAUUGUCCAACGUAGCACAAUCCGUCUUCAUGUUGGGAGUGUUGAUCGGUAACGUCUUAUUUGGCGUGUUUGCUGAUAAGUACGGACGAAAAUUGCCUAUGAUAUUUUCUAUUGUCUUAUUACUUGUAGCUGGAAUAGGCACAUCAUUAGCACCUUGGUACGAAUUGUUUUUGCCACUUAGAUUUGCGACCGCAGUGGCUAUUGGAGGACUGAUGAUUACUAGUUUCGUUUUAACAAUGGAAGUAUUAGGUGGGAAAUGGCGGACCAUCGUAAGCACAUUACAUCACAUCCCGUUCAAUUUAGGGCACACGAGUAUGGGUCUCAUAGCGUAUUUCCUUAGAAAUUGGAGGCAAUUUCAAUUGGCCAUUACUUUACCAGCACUUCUUUUUUUAUCAUAUUGGUGGGUAAUCCCUGAAAGUCCACGUUGGUUGUUAGCUAUGGGUAGAAAAAAAGAAGCAUGUAAGAUAUUAACAACUGGUGCAGAACACAAUAAACGGAAGUUAAAUAGUAAUUUUGAAAAUCUGAUGGAAAUAAAAACUGAAAAAAUUGAAGAAAACAAAGCAAAUUUAUUUGAUUUGUUUAGAACGUCUAAUUUACGAACAAAAACACUAGCUGUUUUUUUUAAUUGGGCCGUAUGCGGUCUGUGUUUUUAUGGACUCGCGCAGUACAUGGGUGAGAUAGGAGGUAACAUUUUCAUUAAUGUAGCUGCCUCAGGCUUGAUUGAAUUGCCCGGCGCUUUCUUGUGCAUUUAUUUUAUGGAAUAUUUCGGUCGUCGGAACACUCUGUUAUCUGCUAACUUGAUUACAGCGUUGGCGUGUAUCUUGAUAACGUUUCUGCCUCAGAAUUCAGAAAUGGAACAUUUCAAGUUUAUUUUGGCCUCUUUAGGCAUUGUUGGGUCCUCAAUAGCUUUCCCGACUAUUUAUCUAUUUAGCGGCGAGCUGUUUCCUACUGUUGUACGAAAUGUUGGAAUUGGUACAGCUUCUAUGUGUGCUCGAAUAGGUUCUAUAGUAGCACCUUUUGUUUCUUCGUUGGGAAUAAUUAAUGUAUAUCUACCUCCAUUAGUGUUUGGUACGUUCCCUCUAGUUGGUGCAGUUUUAUGUUUAUUAUUACCUGAGACGAAAGGAAGUCAACUUCCAGUUACUAUAGAUGAUGGUGAAAAAUUUGGUCUUAAAAAGAAAGUUCAACCAUCAAAAUCAACAAACGGAACAACUAAUAUUGGUUUUGUGGCCGACGAACAAUUAUAAUACAUUAAAUAACAAAAAAAAAAAAAAAACAUUAUGAAUUUUGAAUAUUCAAAUAGACA